GGAGCGCCCCUGCGCCCGGCUUGUCUGGGAGCUGCCUGCGCCCUCAGCCCCCGAUGAGAAGACGACGGGGUCGGCCCUGACGUGGUGCUGGGAUAUCGGGGAGCUCGGGUCCGCUUCUAGUGUAACAGCGCGUGCGGUCGAGUCGAGCGACACCUUCGGGGAAACACAGCUGAGCCGUAGCUUGUGGCGGCGGGACUGGUCUUUCCGUGGAGGGUCUUGUGUGUCCUCGGGUUCAGAGCUGCCCUGAGCCUUCAGGUUUAGAAGGUGUUGGAGCCAGCAACUUCCGAAGUUGACGGUGUAUUUUUUUUUGCCCUAGCUUGUGCAAAAGCUGGCAGGCUGACAGGCGCCUCAGGACGGACUUCCUGGCUACUGACCGUUUCGCUGUGGCUUACCUGGACUGUGCGUCGGUGUGCAACCAACAAUGAGCUCCGUUGCAGUUCUGACCCAAGAGAGCUUUGCUGAACACCGGAGUGGGCUGAUUCCACAACAAAUCAAAGUUGCUACUUUAAAUUCAGAAGAGGAGAGCGACCCUCCAACCUACAAGGAUGCCUUCCCUCCGCUCCCUGAGAAGGCAGCCUGCCUGGAGAACGCCCAGGAGCCCGCUGGGGCCUGGAGCAACAAGAUCCGGCCCAUCAAGGCUUCUGUCAUCACUCAGGUGUUCCAUGUGCCCCUGGAGGAGAGGAAGUACAAGGACAUGAACCAGUUUGGAGAAGGUGAACAAGCAAAAAUCUGCCUUGAGAUCAUGCAGCGGACGGGUGCACACCUGGAGCUGUCCCUUGCCAAAGACCAGGGCCUCUCCAUCAUGGUCUCGGGGAAGCUGGAUGCCGUCAUGAAAGCCCGGAAGGACAUUGUCGCCAGACUGCAAACGCAGGCCUCAGCGACCGUUGCUAUUCCCAAAGAACAUCAUCGCUUUGUGAUUGGCAAAAAUGGAGAGAAACUGCAAGACCUGGAGCUAAAAACUGCAACCAAAAUCCAGAUCCCACGCCCAGAUGACCCGAGCAAUCAGAUCAAGAUCACCGGCACCAAAGAGGGCAUCGAGAAGGCUCGCCACGAGGUCCUGCUCAUCUCAGCUGAGCAGGACAAACGUGCUGUGGAGAGGCUGGAAGUGGAGAAGGCCUUCCAUCCCUUCAUCGCCGGGCCCUACAAUAGGCUCGUGGGUGAGAUCAUGCAGGAGACAGGGACACGCAUCAACAUCCCACCCCCCAGCGUCAGCCGGACGGAGAUCGUCUUCACCGGGGAGAAGGAGCAGCUGGCCCAGGCGGUGGCACGCAUCAAGAAGAUUUAUGAGGAAAAGAAAAAGAAGACCACCACCAUCGCAGUGGAGGUGAAGAAAUCACAGCACAAGUAUGUCAUCGGGCCCAAGGGCAAUUCCCUGCAGGAGAUCCUGGAGAGGACCGGGGUUUCUGUGGAGAUACCUCCCUCAGACAGCGCCUCAGAGACCGUGAUCCUUCGUGGCGAGCCUGAGAAGCUGGGGCAGGCGCUGACCGAGGUCUACGCCAAGGCCAACAGUUUCACCGUUUCCUCUGUCUCUGCCCCCUCCUGGCUGCACCGUUUCAUCAUUGGCAAGAAAGGACAGAACCUGGCCAAGAUCACACAGCAGAUGCCAAAGGUUCACAUCGAGUUCACCGAGGGCGAAGACAAGAUCACCCUAGAAGGCCCCACGGAGGAUGUGAACGUGGCCCAGGGACAGAUUGAGGCCAUGGUCAAGGACUUGGUUAACCGGAUGGACUACGUAGAGAUCAACAUCGACCACAAGUUCCACAGACACCUCAUCGGAAAGAGCGGAUCGAACAUAAACAGAAUCAAGGACCAGUACAAGGUGUCUGUGCGCAUCCCUCCUGACAGCGAAAAGAGCAACCUGAUCCGCAUUGAGGGGGACCCGCAGGGCGUGCAGCAGGCCAAGCGGGAGCUGCUGGAACUAGCCUCACGCAUGGAAAACGAGCGUACCAAGGACCUAAUCAUUGAACAGAGAUUUCAUCGCACAAUCAUUGGGCAGAAGGGUGAACGGAUCCGUGAGAUUCGUGACAAAUUUCCAGAGGUUAUCAUCAAUUUUCCAGACCCAGCACAAAAAAGUGACAUUGUCCAACUCAGAGGACCCAAGAAUGAGGUUGAAAAAUGCACAAAAUACAUGCAGAAGAUGGUGGCAGACCUGGUGGAAAAUAGCUAUUCAAUUUCCGUCCCAAUCUUCAAACAGUUUCACAAGAACAUCAUUGGGAAAGGAGGUGCAAACAUUAAAAAGAUUCGUGAAGAAAGCAACACCAAGAUUGACCUUCCAGCCGAGAAUAGCAAUUCAGAGACCAUUAUCAUCACAGGCAAGCGGGCAAACUGUGAAGCUGCCCGAAGCCGGAUUCUUUCUAUUCAGAAAGACCUGGCCAACAUCGCCGAGGUGGAGGUCUCCAUCCCAGCCAAGCUGCACAACUCCCUCAUUGGCACCAAGGGCCGCCUGAUCCGUUCCAUCAUGGAGGAGUGCGGCGGCGUCCACAUCCACUUUCCCGUGGAAGGUUCCGGAAGUGACACAGUUGUCAUUAGGGGGCCUUCCUCAGAUGUGGAGAAGGCCAAGAAGCAGCUCCUGCACCUGGCUGAGGAGAAGCAAACCAAGAGCUUCACAGUUGACAUCCGCGCCAAGCCAGAGUACCACAAGUUCCUCAUUGGCAAGGGGGGUGGCAAGAUCCGCAAGGUGCGCGACAGCACCGGCACCCGCAUCAUCUUCCCCGCGGCCGAGGACAAGGACCAGGACCUGAUCACCAUCAUCGGAAAGGAGGACGCCGUCAAGGAGGCCCAGAAGGAGCUGGAGGCCCUGAUCCAGAACCUGGAUAACGUGGUGGAAGACUACAUGGUGGUGGACCCCAGGCACCACCGCCAUUUUGUUAUCCGGAGGGGCCAGGUCCUGCGGGAGAUUGCAGAAGAGUAUGGUGGUGUGAUGGUGAGCUUCCCACGUUCUGGCACGCAGAGCGACAAGGUCACUCUCAAGGGUGCCAAGGACUGCGUGGAGGCCGCCAAGAAGCGUAUCCAGGAGAUCAUCGAGGACCUGGAGGCUCAGGUGACGAUGGAAUGCGCAAUUCCCCAGAAGUUCCACCGGUCUGUCAUGGGCCCCAAGGGUUCCCGGAUCCAGCAGAUCACUCGGGAUUACGGCGUCCAGAUCAAGUUCCCUGACAGAGAGGAGAACCCAGUUCACAGUGUGGAGCCAGCCAUGCAGGAGAAUGGGGACGAGACCGCAGAGGGGAGAGAUACCAAAGAGGCCGACCCUGGUUCUCCAAGGAGAUGUGACAUCAUCGUCAUCUCCGGCCGGAAGGAGAAAUGUGAGGCUGCCAAGGAAGCUCUGGAGGCGCUGGUUCCUGUCACGACUGAAGUUGAGGUGCCCUUUGACCUCCACCGGUACAUCAUCGGGCAGAAAGGCAGUGGGAUCCGCAAGAUGAUGGACGAGUUUGAGGUGAACAUACAAGUCCCGGCCCCUGAGCUGCAGUCAGAUAUCAUUGCCAUCACUGGCCUGGCCGCCAACCUGGACCGAGCCAAGGCCGGACUGCUGGAGCGGGUGAGGGAGCUGCAGGCCGAGCAGGAGGACAGGGCCUUGAGGAGUUUCAAGCUGAGCGUCACUGUAGAUCCCAGAUACCACCCCAAAAUCAUCGGUCGGAAGGGGGCUGUGAUCACGCAGAUCCGCCUGGAGCAUGAUGUGAACAUCCAGUUCCCUGACAAGGACGAUGGAAGCCAGCCCCAGGACCAGAUCACCAUCACAGGCUACGAGAAGAACACAGAGGCAGCCCGCGAUGCCAUCCUGAAGAUUGUGGGCGAGCUGGAGCAGAUGGUCUCUGAGGACGUUCCACUAGACCACCGCGUCCACGCCCGCAUCAUCGGUGCCCGUGGAAAGGCCAUCCGCAAGGUCAUGGAUGAGUUCAAGGUGGACAUCCGCUUUCCCCAGAGUGGGGCCCCAGAUCCCAACUGCGUGACUGUGACGGGCCUCCCAGAGAACGUGGAGGAAGCCAUUGACCACAUCCUCAACCUGGAGGAGGAAUACCUGGCAGAUGUGGUGGACAAUGAGUCACUGCAGGUGUACAUGAAGCCCCCGACACACGAGGAGACCAAGGCCCCAUCCAAGGGCUUUGUGGUGCGGGACGCUCCCUGGACGGCUAACAACAGUGAGAAGGCUCCAGACAUGAGCAGCUCUGAGGAAUUCCCCAGCUUCGGGGCUCAGGUGGCCCCCAAGACCCUCCCGUGGGGCCCCAAGCGAUAAUACGAGGAAGCAGAAGUUUCUCCAGCCUGCUGCCCCGCCCCACCACCCACGGUCUCUCCAACUGACCGGCGGCUGGACCCUUGGUAAUUGUCGACGCUCCCCCUCCCCGUCCGAGGUCUCGCAGGGAAGCCUGGGCGGCCGCGGGCACCCAGCACAGGGCGGCCUGCACUCAGGACCCGCCCGGCCCCUCUGCUCUGGGACAGGCUCUCCACUGUUUUAAACACUAAACAAGGUAAUUGAACAUUUCAUGACCCAUAACCAGACUCAGCUCCCCGGCCCCCCAGCAUGUCCGUCAGCACUCUGACCUUCAUUCUGAGAGCUCCGCCUCUGGCUGGGAGUCUACUUCCUGUGUCGUGACCUCAGGAAAUAAAUUUCCUCGACUUUGUAAAAGCCAAAACGUUUGCCCUCUUCCUUUCCCACUCUCUUCCCUUGCCUAUUGCCCAGACCUCCCUAUGUAGAGUGCAGUCAGCUUUCUCCAGCUGCCAGGCUGUUCUCUCAGCACAGAUGAGAGUGGGAAGAGACCCAGCUCUGGCGCUGUGGGGUUCCCCGGCCCAGCGGAGUGAAACAGCUGCGGGCGCUCCAGGGGCCCAGAGAGGCAGGCAGGUGGUGGCUCAGGUGGUGCUGACCUGCCCCACCUGCCAGGGCAGAGCCCAGCCCCAGAGCCAUGUGGCCUCCGUGCCCUCUGGCGCAGCCUUGGCUAUCAUGGGGCCUACGGCAGUCAGGAGGGCAGGAGAGAUGGUCUUCUCUCUGCAGUGAUGGCAGCUGGCACUUCGGUAUCCUUUUUUUUUAGCCACCUUGCCCUCCACACACUAUGUACACAAUUGCCUUCUUUCUACCUCAAAGCCAGCGUGACGGGUCUGGGUUGAGAUCAGGCCUACCACCCAGCACAUGGUUCUCUUGGCUUGGAUGUUUUGGUUGGUCAGGUGUUGUCAAGGCACUGAUGGCCGGGCCCACCUGCCCACCUAGGUGGGGGUCAUGUCUCGGAAACUCUAGCUGUGUCUUGGGAGUCGGGGGUGAGGGCCAGGCAGGUGCCCUGGUUCUGGGGAGAGGCCAUCCUGCAGCCAGACCCCAAGAGGCAGAACUAAGGGCUUGUGGCAAAGAGGCUGUACACCAUCAGGUGUCUGCAGGUAGGGGCCUCGGUGGCAUACAGGGCCCUGCCCAGCCUACCUGGCAAAACCUGCUGCAGAGGAAACGUGGCACGAUCAGGAGUAUCCCUGUGUCUGGUUUCGAGGACCCAAGGCGGGCCCUUCGUCCCUGGGCCAUCUGGUCUUCCCACCUGCCUCCCUCUCCCUGGAGGUGACACUUGUCCUGGGGAUGGUCACUUCUGCUUUGACACCCCCCCCCGCCCCCCGUUUCACUCUGUUUAGUAAUUCAAGUUCGGCCAUCUUUAGACCCUGAGUUCCAGGGUAGGCGGCUCAGCACAGACCGGCUUCAGUCUCCUUGGCUUGCGCCCAUCUGUAGGAGUGCAAGUCGGGUCAGGAGAGCGCCUUGGCUUUGUGGUGUCAGCCAGAUGACCCCUGACUGGGCAGAGGUGACUGGAGCAGAGAGGAAGGUCUAGUGCCGCCUUCCUCUCCACGACUGUCCCUUCCCUCUCCCUGGACGCCCUGGAAGGGAAGGCCUGUCACCUCUCCCAUCUGCAUGAGUCUGGAGCCUCCCCUACUGGCCAGCUUGUUCCUUCUGCCACCCUCCUGGCGCCCUCUAGUGUCCACCCAGACCUCUUCCCAAGCCUCUUCUCGGCCCCCACCUGUUCCCCGAGGCUAGAUCCUAAGUUCUCACACCAGCUUUGCACAUCCCCCGUGGUGUAGGUGCAGACCCCCUCCUGGCUGUUCCGGGGUCUCGCUCUCACUGUUGUUAAUAAAGGGUAUGAGCCAACUGGCCUCACCUUCUUGCAGCCCUGGUACUGUGUGGGGUGCUGGGGCAGGGUGGGAGCACAGCUGCGUCCCCUGUUUAAUGUCUUCCGUAUCCUGUGUUUCCAUAGCUACGAUCCAUCCCUUGGCCUUAACUUUGGAAUUUGGAGAUUAUAUGCAAACGUGUGUAAAGGCUCAUGAAUAUGGACAACACUGGAAUUUUAUAAACUCUAAAAUAAAACCUGAAACUGUC